AUGGCGGCUGCGGCAGCGGCAGCGGCGGCCGGGGGAGGUGGGGAGCGGAGCAGCACCCGGGAACGGCUGCUGGCGGCGCUGGAGGAUCUCGAACUCCUGGCCAGGGAACUAAUUGAAAUUUUGGCAAUUUCAAGAAACCAGAAGCUUCCACAACCAGGAGAAGAGAGCCAGAUCCUGGAGCUGCUGAUUCAGAGAGAUGGAGAGUUUCAAGAGCUAAUGAAGUUGGCAGUUGAUCAGGGGAAAAUCCAUCAUGAAAUGCAGCUUUUAGAAAAGGUAGUAGAAAAGAGAGAUAAUGACAUUCAGCAGCUGCAGAAGCAACUGAAAGAAGCAGAGCACAUACUGGCCACAGCUGUUUAUCAAGCAAAGGAAAAACUGAAAUCAAUUGAAAAGGCAAGGAAAGGUGCCAUUUCAUCUGAAGAAAUAAUUAAAUAUGCCCACAGGAUCAGUGCUAGUAAUGCUGUUUGUGCCCCUCUGACGUGGGUACCAGGGGACCCACGCAGGCCAUAUCCUACAGAUCUAGAAAUGAGGAGUGGUCUCCUGGGUCAGAUGAACAACCCAUCCACUAAUGGGGUUAAUGGACACUUACCUGGGGAUGCACUUGCAGCAGGCAGAUUGCCAGAUGUGCUUGCUCCUCAGUAUCCUUGGCAAUCAAGUGAUAUGUCAAUGAACAUGCUACCUCCUAAUCAUAGUAAUGACUUCAUGUUGGAGCCUCCGGGACACAAUAAAGAGAAUGAAGAUGAUGUGGAAGUGAUGUCAACAGACUCCUCAAGCAGCAGCAGUGACUCAGACUAGGUACAGGAGGGACGGUAUCCCUAGUAGACCUUUCCUGUGGUGAAGAUAUUCAACUGAAAUGACUGGGAGCUUUCUGCUGGAUGGGAGAUGUCAGAUUUCCAGUGCUGAUGUAAAUGUGUGAAUGUGUAUGUUUGCAAGAGAUGCGUGCAUUUGUAUACAUAUAUAUAUAUAUACACUAUACAUAUUAGAUGACAACGUUCCUGGGACAAAAGGUGUAAGGGGAAUCCCCUUGUAUGUAUGCUAGUAACUUGACUCUUUUGAAGACAGUCUUUUCUAUGGCACAGAAAUAAGGCGUAAGAUUUGUAAUUUUAAUACCUUUUUUGUUACUGCUGAAAUGCAUGUUGUUAAUCACCUAGUGUGUUCUGAGAACAAAACCAUGGCAAUAAGGUGUUUAAAAAAAAAAAGUUUGUAAUUAUUGUAAUAUAUAAUAAACCUUUGCAACUUUGCUACACUUUGCAAACAUAA